AGGAAUAAAUUUUAGUAUAUUUUGGGGGUGUGCGUGCGGUGUGAGUGAGCGGGAGUGUGCGCGCCCUCCCCGCCCCCAAAAAAGGCCAACCACCACCACAGCGUUAUAUUAAUGGCCAUCAUGAGUUCCUUCUUGAUCAACUCCAACUAUGUGGACCCCAAAUUCCCACCCUGCGAAGAAUAUUCCCAGCACGAUUACCUUCCCAGUCAUUCUCCGGAGUAUUUCGGCGGCCAGAGGCGAGAGGAGAACUCUUUCCAACACGAGGCGUUGUACCCAGCGCGGUCCGCCUGUAACCAACCAUCCUCCUACCCUCCUUGCCAGGGUCCUGGGCACCAACCCGCCGUCCUAUCUCCCCGCAGCCAGCAUGUCCUUGCUCCCGCUGGACUUCAAAACCAUCUGUCCGAACCAAACCACACUUGCGAAUCCAUCACGCCAAGCCCACCGCCUUCCUGUAGCCAAAACUCUCUCAACCAAAGCCCGUCCGCUUGCAAAGAGCCGGUAGUUUAUCCUUGGAUGAAGAAGGUUCAUGUUAGCUCGGUCAACCCCAACUACACGGGAGGGGAACCGAAGCGCUCCCGGACAGCUUACACCAGGCAGCAAGUCCUGGAGCUGGAGAAGGAAUUCCACUACAACCGUUACCUCACCCGGCGGCGAAGGGUGGAGAUUGCCCACUCCCUGUGCCUCUCCGAGCGCCAGAUCAAGAUCUGGUUUCAAAACCGGAGGAUGAAAUGGAAAAAAGACCACAAGUUGCCCAACACGAAGAUCCGGUCCAAUUCUGCCUCCAGCCUGCCGGUGCAAGGCGGAGGGGGAGGAGGAGGCGGCCCCCAGGACCGAACCAAUGGACCCACCCCUACCCCCACCCCCAGCCUAUAACCCUCCUUCAAGUGUGCUCUGUGUGCGUGUAUGUGUGGAUAUGGAUGUGGAUGUGCGCUACGAACUGCUGUAUGAAAGGGAGGGACGCUGUUCCCUUGAGGAAGAAACAGGGGAGCUCUAGGGGAGGGGGCGAGUGGGGCGGUGGGAACACUAUUUAUAUGAGAGGAGAAGGAAACAAAGGAGAAUUGGAGGCGCGAAGGAGGGGGGAGUUCUCCCUUUGGCCGGAAAGGAGGGUUGUGUGUGUUGCGGGGUUGAAAGGGGGGGGGGGGGCUGCUCUGUUCUGUAGGAGAUAGGGAUGGGUGGGUUUUUUCCCCUCUCUUUUUGGAUUUGGCUAAGAUGGAUCCCUUUUUCAUCCUUAAUCAAGCCAAACCCGGGCCCAUUUGUCAUGUUUACUCUCGCGUACAAACGAAGGACCUUAUGCCAGCCAUUAGCUCGACAGGCAGAGUCAUCUUUAAUAAAUGAGGCCCGGUUUCACCUAAGGAGAACUGGACUCUCGCUCGCCCCCACCAUCCCUCCCACGCCAGCCACCAAACCCCACUUGAACGCCAAGCGUC